AUGAAAUAAUCGGCUCGGAAACCAGGAAAAUCAGUUCCUAAAUCUAAGGACAACUUUACAAAUUAAUCAUCUAAUUCAAAAAAAGAGAUUACAAAUGAAUCUAAUGGAUUUGAUGCUAAAAAAUAAUUGAUAAUCUAGCCAAUUAUCAUAGAACCUAAAAAUAAAUAAAAUUGUUUAUUUGAAAUAGUUGAAUUAUCAAAUUCUCUUAAAGAUGAUGAUAAUGUUAGUGGUUUAGUAUUUAAGCAAAUAAUUAUAUCUAUUGAAGCAAAACUAACAGAAUUUUAAGAGCGACUUGAUAAUAGAGACAAUCUGACUGAACUUAAUACUCAUCUAUAGAAAUUACAAUAUCUUUAAGCUAGUCCAUAAAGUCCACAUGGAAAUAAGAGUAAUAUAAAAAAAGAUGACUCAAAUAAUGAUACAAGUGGAAUAAUAAGAAAUUAAAGUUAACUUUCAUUACCUUAAAAUGAUAUUAGUGUUAUGAGUGCCCAAGAAAAAAUGAAAAGUCCUCAAGUUAGAAGAUCAGCUUAAAAAUAAAAUUCAUGUAUAUUCCAUAUUCUUAUUUAAUUAAGCCAUUCUUCCUAAUAUAUCCUAAUAAACUGUGUCUGAUAAUAAUAAAAUUGCUGCUUUAGAAAAAAGACUUAGAACUAAUGAAGAUAAUUAUAUAAAAUUGACUAGAGAAUUUUAAGAUCAAUAUAAUACUAAUAAUUAAAAGUUAGAAAAAACAAUUAAAGCUCUUAAUGAAAAGUUUAUGUCAUUUAAUUCUAACAAUUUACAAUAAUAGUACAAUGAUAUUACUGACAGUCAGAAGGCUUUAAUUUCACAUUUACAUUAGUAAUCUAAAGAAAUGACGUAAUUGCUUUCAAUUAUAUAGCGAGAUCAAUAAUACUAUGAAUAAACUCAAAGAAACUCAAAACUCUUAAAAUGUUGAGAUUUAAAAUAAAAUUGAACAUUGCUUAAAUUUAUAGAAUGAAAAUUUUGUUAGGAUUUAAUCACUUUCUUCUUCUCUUUAAAGUAUUGAUUCUGAUUUAAUUGUGAUUUUAAAGUGCUAUAAAGAUCUUCUUAAUGAUAUUUUCAAAAUUGAUUUGAUAGAUCAAUAAUAAAAAAAGUUAAUCAGUCUUUUAGAAGAAUAUUGA